AUGGGCAGCCAGGGCCGCUCGGGGGCCCCCGGGAACGGCGGGCCAGGGGAGGGCGAGGGCGGGGAGGCGAGGAAGCUGCAGGAAGGGAGGGUCGCGAGGGGAAAGCGAAGGAAGGGGAAGGGGAAGGGAAAAGCGGGCGCAGGGCAAGGCGGAAGAGGAAGCGGGGCGGAAGGGAAGCCGGGGCCGCGGAGGGCGGCGGAGGCAGCGGGGCCGCGGGCUGAGGCGGGAGCGGGGGCAGGCCCGGCCGAGGGAGCAGAGCGGGGCGGAAGCGUGGAGGAAGGGGCGAGGAGCCUCGUUAAGCGAGACGAGGGGAGAGCGGGGGCGAGGGACAAGGCACAAGGAAGAGACGAUGGGCAGGAGGCAUGGAGGGUCCGGACUGGACGGCGGGAGGACACCAGGCCGGGGAGAGCACAGAGGCGAGGGAGUCAGGCUUGGGGCGGCGUCGCGGGGACAGGGGCGGCCAUGGCGGCAGCAGCUGAGGAGGAGGCAGCGGCUCGCCCGCCCGCCGCGCGCCCGACAGCCGGGUCCGCGCUGUGGCGCCUGCCGGAGGAGCUGCUGCUGCUCAUCUGCUCCUACCUGGACAUGCGGGCCCUCGGCCGCCUGGCCCAGGUGUGCCGCUGGCUGCGGCGCUUCACCAGCUGCGACCUGCUCUGGCGCCGGAUAGCCCGGGCCUCGCUCAACUCCGGCUUCACCCGGCUCGGCACCGACCUGAUGCCCAGUGUCCCAGUGAAGGAGCGGGUGAAGGUGUCUCAGAACUGGAGGCUCGGGCGCUGUCGAGAGGGGAUUCUGCUGAGGUGGAGAUGCAGUCAGAUGCCCUGGAUGCAACUAGAGGAUGAUUCUCUGUAUGUAUCCCAGGCUAAUUUCAUCCUGGCCUACCAGUUCCGCCCAGAUGGUGCCAGCCUGAACCGCCGGCCCCUGGGAGUCUUCGCGGGGCAUGAUGAGGACGUUUGCCACUUUGUGCUAGCCAACUCGCAUAUUAUCAGUGCAGGAGGAGAUGGGAAGAUUGGCAUUCAUAAGACUCACAGCACCUUCACUGUCAAGUACUCGGCUCAUGAACAGGAGGUGAAUUGUGUGGAUUGCAAAGGGGGCAUCAUUGUGAGUGGCUCCAGGGACAGGACGGCCAAGGUAUGGCCUUUGGCCUCAGGCCGGCUGGGGCAGUGCUUACACACCAUCCAGACUGAAGACCGAGUCUGGUCCAUUGCUAUCAGCCCAUUACUCAGCUCUUUUGUGACUGGAACGGCUUGUUGUGGGCACUUCUCACCCCUGAGAAUCUGGGACCUCAACAGUGGGCAGCUGAUGAUGCACCUAGGCAGCGACUUCCCCCCAGGAGCGGGGGUGCUGGACGUCAUGUACGAGUCCCCUUCCACGCUGCUGUCCUGUGGCUAUGAUACCUACGUUCGCUACUGGGACCUCCGCACCAGUGCCCGGAAAUGUGUCAUGGAGUGGGAGGAGCCCCACGACAGCACCCUGUACUGCCUGCAGACGGAUGGCAACCAUCUGCUGGCCACGGGUUCCUCCUACUACGGUGUCGUCCGGCUGUGGGACAGGCGCCAAAGGGCCUGCCUGCAUGCCUUCCCGCUAACAUCGACUCCGCUGAGCAGUCCUGUGUACUGCCUGCGUUUCACCACCACACAUCUCUACGCUGCACUGUCUUAUAACCUCCAUGUCCUGGACUUUCAAAAUCCGUGACAGUC